UACGUGCAAAUCUGCGUGGUUUGUACUUCCACUGGUAUCUUAUGUUGUCGUGUUUUUCACCUUCUUAUGCGUGUAACCCCAUGUUUCAAGGGCUUCGGGGCUGAGCAGUGCGGCACGGCUUGAGUGUGGUCUGCGACCACAGUCAGCCCAGUGGAAGGAUAUGUGAUAGGCAGGUAGCGACUUGUGACCAGGCUGCUAGCUGCUAUUAGCUUGUUAAGCUCAGCUGGUGGGGUUUAGCCCCGCCGGGCAUGGCAGGGAGAGUAACUGCUUAGCAGCGAGGCUACUGCUGCUCUUGCUGUCUUACUACUGCGGUUGCGAGGAAAUCCUCGACUCGGACACUUAAAUACAAACGUUUCCAUCCAGCAGCGCGGGACGAGCGUGGUGACCGUCCUUGACAGCUGAGAGAGAGCGUCACUGGACUGUGAAUGGGCGCUUCCAGCAUCUGUCCGGGGGACUGACCUGAGCAGGUAUGCGCGCUCCCUCACGGCAGCACUGAGCAGGAACCUCACUCGCUCCUGGCGCCUGGGUGAAGUUUUUGGUUGGAGGUGCGUUUGAUAAGAAUGGCUCGCCGCUCCGUGCUGUGCCUUGGGAGUCUAGCUGUCCGCCUGCUAUAUGGAAACACUGUUCGCCCCCUCCACCCUUCAGUUUGCAGCGCAUCACCACAAUCGACAGCCGGGUUCAAACCGGAAAGAGUGGCGGUGGUCACAAAGACGACGCGCUAUGAGUUCGAGCAGCAGCGCUAUCGCUAUGCAGGAGUUUCUGAAGAAGACCUGAAGCAGCUGCUUGCUAUGAAGGGCUCCAGCUACAGUGGCCUGCUGGAAAGACACAACAUCCACACUAACAAUGUGGAGCACAUUGUGAAGAGCCUGCAGAGAGAAGGCAUUACUGUACGAGUGGUAAAGAGAGGCGAAUAUGAUGAAGAUGUAGUGCGAUGGGCAGAUGCCAUUAUCUCUGCUGGAGGUGAUGGAACAAUGCUGCUUGUGGCCAGUAAGGUUCUAAGCAAGGACAAACCAGUGGUGGGAGUUAACACGGACCCUGAAAGGUCAGAAGGUCAUCUGUGCCUGCCUGUGCGAUACACUCGUGCUUUCCCAGAGGCACUGGAGAAGCUGUGCCGUGGUGAGUUCAGGUGGCUGUGGCGUCAGAGGAUCCGUCUGCACUUAGAGGGCACGGGAAUAAAUCCCAAUCCAGUGGACCUGCACGAACAGCAGCUCAGCCUGGAGCAGCACAACCAAGCUCACCGCUUCACCUCUAUGGACAACCUGAGCAGAACAGGAGUACUGCACGAGACCUUCUCCAAGCCUAGCCUCCUCCCUGUUAGAAGCCUAAAUGAAAUCUUCAUCGGAGAAUCUCUGUCUUCCAGGGUGAAGUUAAAAUCCUUCAAACCCCAUGUUAACCUCUUGCUCCAUAGGGCUUCCUACUACGAGAUCUCAGUGGAUGAUGGUCCGUGGGAAAAGCAGAAGAGUUCAGGACUCAGCAUUUGCACAGGAACAGGAUCCAAAGCCUGGUCAUACAACAUAAACAAACUUGCUGAACAGGCGGUGGAGGAGGUUCUGAACAUCGCAAAGUCCCAGUCAGGUCAUGAUCUCCCAGUUAACCAAGAAUUUGUUGAAAAGGUUACAGACGAAUACAACAAGUCUCUGGUGUUCAGUCCAGAUGACAGACGCUUGUUCUACAGCGUAAGGGAGCCCAUCGUCAACAGGGUCUUCUCCAGCAGUCGGCAGAGAGGCUUUGCCAGCAAGGUGUGUGUGCGCUCCCGGUGUUGGGAUGCCUGCAUGGUGGUGGACGGUGGGACUUCCUUUGAGUUCAACGAUGGUGCCAUUGCUACAAUCAGCAUGAGCGAGGAGGACCAGCUCCGCACGGUCCUGUUAGAAAACUGAGGCGUCUGACUGACGUCUCUCACACUGACAGUGUUCACAGACGUGUCCAAAGGGAAGUAUCAGUCCUGAUCCUUCAAGUCUUCAAACAAGACUUUUGCUUCUUCUUUUUUUAUUAGGUAUAUUUUUCCAAAUCAUUUUUUGAUUAUUGUUGAUACUUCAUUUUCAAUCUUCAUGCUUUUAUUCCAAGCUACAAAGAUGAUGAUUCAUUUUGUAGAAACAGGAUAUUGGCAUAAACUCCGUGCCACUCUGUCAAGCCCACAAGUGAGUAAUUAAACUAAGGCCAGAUGAAAGGAUUUAAGUUAACAGAAGGCACAUUGAUUAUUGCAGAUAUUCACAUUAGAUCGGUCUUCUCUGUCAGUUAUAUGUAGCCUUGAUGAUGUCUUUAUGAGAAUCGGGGGCAAUAUUCACACUGAUCCCGUCUUCCUCCUGAGAAAUUCCUAAAUGGCAAAAAGAUUAGAGACAAGUGGCCGUCAGUGAGUUUUUCUUUAAUAAACGAUCAAAAAAGAGGGGUUCAAUAAGCAUCAGGCAGCUAAAAUGUUUAUUCUGUGAACAGAUGAAUUUAUUUCCAUGCCUUCGUAGUUUAAACUUUUUUUUUUUUUUUUUGGUGUUUUAACUACUAUGAGUUACAGAACUUCACUCCUACCUUUUAACUAAGCUCACCCAUAAAAGCCCCGAGGUCCUUUGACCCCCGAGGUCAGACAUAAAACCCACACUGACCCGUGGAGGAGUGUCAGGCUUUAAGGAACUACAGCAGGCCAGCAGGAGCUUUGUGACUAUUGCCCCAGACUGAAACAGGAACGAGAUUGUGAUGCGGUGGUUUCACUCCAGUGUAAGUUAUUCUGUCAGUUACUCUGCGGCUCUCAGCCUCAAUCCCAUAAUUUAUUGCUGAACACAAACUUUAAAACAUCUCAUCAGACGAUCCUAAAGAUGGGAAAUGUUGGAACGUUGUUUAUGCCGAUUUAUAAGGAGUCAGAACUUCUGAUAUCGAUUUACCCUUUCACUCUGAUGAUCACUACAGGUGGCAUAACUUGAACUGAUUACAAUAAAAGUUUUGGCACUUUUCUGUCAAAUUAAAGGCCAAAGUAACCACAAACGUCCAAAAGCACACAAUAACACAGUUAUCAUGUUGUUGUAUGUGUGUUAGGGAUGCUAUAAUAUUUGUUUUUAAUUAACAAUUUUUAUCAUGUUGCCAUCAACUGUUACACCCCACAAUAUAGAUAUGUUGGAUAAAAGCAAUGAUUAUAAGGGUUAGGGCUUAUUAAUGUUCCAGUCACUCACUGCACCCCCACCUGCCUGUCCGUGCUGCUGCGCGGUGCUGAGAGGACCGUGGAAGCAGAGCCGUCUGCUGGAGGAACCGUCACAGCAUUUCUAAUUGACCCCACGCAAAAAAGAAACGUUUUAAUAUUGGGCAUCAGAUACACUGACACUCAAAGCUCUGUUUUAUACAUUUGGAUAUAUUGUUUUAAGUCAUUAUCAGCUAAUAGUGUCAGCUGGCCGACCCUCCUCAGUGGUGGACUAAUCCACUUUUCCUGCCCUUGGAGUCGGUGGUGCAGCAGGAAUGGUGCAUGUGGGAUUGAAGGGGGAUGGCAACAUUCACUGAUGCAUUUAAAAUAUGUUCUAGGGCCUUGUUAACACUAAAUAAAAUCUAAAUUCAGCAGUCCUGUCCUUUCCGAGCAUACAUUCACCUCUGCUGUGAGUGUUACAGUUUUAAAUGUAUGAAGGAUUGAAGCACAGCGGCUUUAGAUAUUUUUGGAAUAUGCUGUCUAUUUUUUCUAGCUGUCUGAGCCAUGCUGAAAUGAAAGUUUUAGAGGGAAGAAUUUUAUGCACUAAAGACGGAGCUCAAUAUUUAAAGGGUUUUUUUUUUUUUUUCUUCUCUGGUGAGGGUUAAAGGCACAAGACGGGAAACUGAGCUGUGGAAGGGCUACCAGAUCAGUUUGUGCCUGCGGUGGGCAUGCCUAAUGUCAUAGGUGCAAAUGAUUUUUAACCCACAAAUCUCUUGAAGUCAGGAAGUGUUCUCGCAAAACCAAUGUUCUGUUUGAAAAAUGAUCUGGAAAAUGUAACAUGCAGCAUUGCCAAAGGUGAAAUUCCUCAUGGAAAUACUGUCUGUUAGGGUGUGUUUUGUUUUGGAACUGGAUAAAAUGAUAUGAAAUACAAA